GUGUGUGAGAGAGAGAGAGGGUGAGUGAGAGAGAAGAGAGAGAGAGAGAGAGAGAGAGAGAGAGAGAGAGACUGACGAUCGAAACUGCUUUCUUCCAGAAGAUGGUGUAAAGAAGACGCGACAAGGCUACUCUUCCAACAGAAAGCUUCCUAUUUCUCCCGGAUGCACCCAUGAGAGAACCAGUUUUAGCGGCGACCACUAUGGCUUAUCAUCCGUUCCACGCUCACCGAGCCGCGGAUUUCCCCAUGAGCGCAUUUCUGACGGCACAACCUUCCUUCUUCCCCGCCCUAGCGCUGCCACCGAGCGGCGCGGCUGCUCUCUCGCUACCCGGAGCUCUGGGGAAACCUUUGACGGAAUCAAGCAUGGCCGAGGCCGGGAUUCACGUUUCCGCUCUCGGACAUCAGUCAACACACCUGCGGCCCCUCAAGAGCCUGGAACCGGAGGACGAGGUCGAAGACGAUCCGAAAGUGAACCUGGAAGCGAAGGAUCUUUGGGACCAGUUUCACAAAGUGGGCACCGAAAUGGUCAUCACGAAGUCUGGGAGGAGAAUGUUUCCACCGUUCAAAGUGCGAGUCAACGGUCUGGAUAAAAAGGCAAAAUACAUUUUAUUGAUGGACAUUGUAGCAGCCGAUGACUGUCGUUACAAAUUUCACAAUUCGCGUUGGAUGGUGGCGGGGAAAGCCGACCCCGAGAUGCCAAAAAGGAUGUACAUUCACCCAGACAGUCCGGCAACGGGCGAACAAUGGAUGGCCAAAGCUGUCACUUUUCACAAACUAAAACUCACCAACAACAUAUCUGAUAAGCAUGGAUUCGUAAGUGUUGCUACAAUCCUGAAUUCUAUGCACAAAUACCAGCCCAGAUUCCACGUGGUCCGCGCGAACGAUAUUCUCAAACUGCCCUACAGCACUUUCCGUACUUAUGUGUUCCCAGAAACGGAGUUCAUUGCGGUCACUGCCUAUCAAAACGAUAAGAUAACGCAGCUGAAGAUUGAUAACAAUCCCUUUGCGAAAGGAUUCAGAGACACCGGCAACGGGCGAAGAGAAAAAAGGAAGCAACUCUCUCUGCCGUCUUUGCGUGUGUACGAGGAUCAGUGCAAAGGUGAUCGAGAUGGCGGUGAUUCUGACGCUUCCUCCAGCGACCAACCUUCGGUCAGGGAGUCCAUGCGCUCGCCCUCGGCCCUCGACCCGGUUACUCUACAUUUCGGUCAAGCACCCAAAGAUGACAAGUCAGGUGCGGACAGUGAACCGGAGCUGGAGAAACGUGAGGAGCUUCCGGGGGCAUUAAGCUUCAGCCCGCGGGUGGGGGUCUCCCGGACCGGCUCCCCGCCGGCGGGGGAGGCAGUUGCCGACUCCGCUCAUCGGCCGAAACAGGCGUCCGUGGCCGAGAAAAGGGAGUCGCUGGAAACUCGCAGGGACAACGACACGUGUUUCAGCCACAGGGCUUCGGAGAAGGAGAAGGAGAAGGAGAAGGAGAAGGGAGAGGGGCGAAGGAAGGAGGAAUCCAAGAAAGAGAGCGAAUGUUUGAGUAAAGAAACCUAUUCUCCGCUGUUAAUUCAGACGGAUGGAGCUUCUCAUCUUAACGCUGCACACAUGCAAAGCUUGGCUUUCUCGGGGUUCAAUAGUCAGCAGUUCUUUAACCCUUUAAACGUCGGACAGCCUCUCUUUAUCCACCCUGGCCAAUUUGCUGUCGCCCCGGGAGCUUUCUCGGCCAUGGCCACCGGAAUGGGACAUUUAUUGGCGUCGGUGUCAGGAGCCAGCGCCUUGGACAACGCUACACUAUCGUCAGCCCAAGCUUCGGCCGCUGCAAACCCGCACUUCCCUUUCCACCUCUCCCAACACGUCUUGGCUUCUCAGGGGAUCCCAAUGACCGCAUUCGGAGGGCUCUUUCCGUACCCCUACACCUACAUGGCCGCUGCCGCCGCAGCCGCCGCGUUGCCCAACAACACCGGAGGGCCGUCCUCCCUCCACCGGCACCCGUUCCUGAGCGGCGGACGACCCCGGCUGCGGUUCAACCCCUACCCCCCCAUCCCGGUGACAAUCCCAGCCAGCACCAACCUCCUCACCACCGCCAUGCCCUCAGCCCUGGGUGGCUCCGACGCCAAAUUGUGCAGCCGAGACUCCAGUCCCGUAUCCGCCAACCUCGCCUCCGAACUCAACCACAAGAGCAACGGCGGCAGUUUAAGGACUGUGGGUAGCGCGCCCUCUCCGAAACCGUCCGCUAAGGACACCAUCAACGAACUCCAGAACAUCCAGAGAUUAGUCAGCGGUCUGGACAGCAACCGAGAGACUUCUCCGGCUCGUGAUUCUCCUAAAUGAGUCAUUGGACGCACCCGAGGACGUCGGCGUUAAUAGCAUAUGCAAAAGAAAAACAACCCUGUGCAAACACCUUCUGCAUCCAACAGUUGGGUCUGGUGGAGUCGAGAGGCAUCUGGACUGAAGGAGAUGCUAUCAGAGUUGGGCAGCGCCACUGAAAUACCCACCAUUGACUGUGGAUUAAAGGAACGACCACUUCGCUAUAAGUAACGCAUACCAGAAAUGUACCUUCACAUGAGACAAAAAAAAAGGAUCUUCGCUAUUUAUGUAAUUAAUUAGUAUUUUUUUGUAAAUAUGCUAUGGAUGGCAGAAUAUGCAAAAUCGGUAUUAAUUUAUUCACCAGUUGUAAAUUUGCGUGUACAUACAUUAGAGUUUAAUUCCGUGCAUUUUAAUGUUUUUUUGUUUCGUUUUACACACAAACAUCACAAUAUAUUGUAAAUGAAAUAUAUAGCGUGUGUGCCAGAGAAUGGAUGAGUUUCUAAUUGUGUUUUAUCAUAGAAGUCUAUUCCGUCUGCUUUAGUGGAAACGGUUUUUUAAACGUGCCAUCCAUUACUUCAAUGCUAUUCCAGUGUUACCUUGUUAAAGAGAAUAACGGCGUUCUGUACUGUACAAUACGACAGAUUUAAAGGAAUUUAAAAUAAAUCGAACUCCUGUGCUAGCGGGGUAUGUAUUAAUUGCCGCUUGGCCACCUCAGGUUUGGUGCAACUUCAGGUGUGGUUUUACAAUGACCUGGGCUCUCCAAUUCGGCUCAUGCGAAGCGGCUCAAACAAUAAAAAAAAUGUAUCUGAAAC